AGUAAACUUCUUCCUAAAAGUCAAUUACAUCAGCUUGGUGUGGUGUUUAAUAUAUGAUCGUGAGAGUCCGCACAGGAAACCCAGUCAAAUUUGUUCGAACCGUCGUGGAAUGUUUUCCAAUCGACGACGAUCUGAAGUCAAUACUUACGAUAUUGCUCAUAACUGUGUUGCUGAGGAUCUCGAUGAAAGGAUAUUUUCGCAAGACACUAAAUUGCUGGUUAAUUUGCAUCUGAAUAAGGGGAACACAGCCUCGAUUACGUGGAUAGCACCACUGAGAUCAUAUGGGAAUUACAACACUUACCAACCGAACUGUGAAACACAACAAAAGUGACAAAGAAGACAGCAAAGAGCCAAAGACAAGUUCAGCAGUAAAAGCAACCACUACAACUACUACCACCACCACCACCACAACAACAACUACUUUAGCCACUACAACACCUACAGUAAAGCCCCCAAAAAGAAUGACUCCAGUGCCUAAGGAAACAUCUUUUGAAGGAAUACCAUGGUGGGCAGUAUUUGCAGCUGUUGGGUUAGCACUCCUUAUAGCUGGCAUUUGCUGUUAUUGUGUCUGCUACCGUCAAUGUUGCAAAAGGAAAAAGAAGGAUGAGAAAAAAGCCAUAAAGGAAAAAGUUGACCUUAAAGCCAUACAAAUGUUGGCAGCCAGCUACCAAGAGAAAGUUCAGCCAUCUGUAGAUGAGUUAGAUUACAACAGUGAUGAAUUCCAGUCUGAUGGUAGCUCAGGAGUAAAAAUAGGUCGCAUUCACUUCACCCUUGACUAUAGCUUCAAUGAUAACUGUCUCACAGUUGGAGUAGUAGAAGCUCAGGAUGUCCCUGCUAAAGAUUUCAGUGGAACAUCUGAUCCAUAUGCAAGAGUUAUGCUGUUACCCGACAGGAAAAAGAAAUUUGAUACUAAGGUUCACCGGAAGACUCUAAAUCCAGUUUUCAAGGAAACAUUUGUUUUCAAGAAUAUUCCAUACAGUGACAUAACAAACAGAACUCUUUGUAUAGAGUUGUAUGACUUUGAUCGGUUCUCUAGACAUGAUAUCAUUGGAGACGCCAAGCUCCCUCUUAUUGAUGUAGAUUUAGCAACUAGCAUUGACGAAUGGCGAGCUUUAAUUCCACCAUCAUCUUCAGGAGGACUUACUGGGCAUUCCAAGUCUGAACUAGGACAGCUUUGUUUCUCAUUGCGUUAUGUCCCUGCUGCUGGUAAACUUCAAGUAGUAAUAUUAGAAGCUAAAGAUCUUAAAAGUAUGGAUGUAUCAGGUUUUUCAGAUCCUUAUGUCAAAAUAGCCUUGAUUCAAGAUGGACGGAAACUCAAGAAGAAAAAGACAACCGUCAAGAAGAGAACACUUAACCCUUACUUCAAUGAGAACUUUAGUUUUCAAGUUCCCUUUGAGAACAUAGAGCAAACAUCUUUGAUAAUCUCUGUGUUGGACUAUGAUCGUGUUGGUCGCAGCGAAGUCAUUGGAAAAUGUGUUGUAGGUGAAUUAUCAACAGGUCCAGAUCAGCAACACUGGACAGACAUGCUGGCAUCGCCACGGAGAGCAAUUGCACAGUGGCACACUUUACAUAAUUAAUGCUUGUAGUUUUUUCACAAUAGAAUAUACAAUAAAAUAUAUACACCGUAAGUGUAUGAAGAAGUUCAAGCUUUACAUAACACUGUAAAAUAAAUGUAAUGUAAAUCUGAGGCCCUUUACUGUAAUGUUUCAAUCAGUAGUAACAUGGUGGGUUGAGUGUGUUCAUUUUCCGAAAAAAAAAAAAAAAAAUUCAAUUCAUGUAACAAUAUAAUUGGACAAAGAUGACAUACAUUCAUCAUUUUUUGAUCCACUUUCAUUACAAGUGGUGUGGUGUAGUUUUUAAGAGAAUACUUCAAAUGAAUUGCAAGAGUCUUAACAUUGCAUCUCUGAGAGCAGUAGCAAGUUUCAGGUAUUAAACUUAUUAGAGACAUAAAACUAUAUUAUGAUUCAUAGAGGCUUUCCCCUCUUGCAGAGAUCUUUUUGGGUUAUAAAUUCUUGAAAGGGACACAAAACAUAACUGUUUGAAUUGGUUUUAAGAAAUAUUAUAUGUAAUAAUAGGAGUAAUCACGUGGAAUUUUGAUUUGGAGUGUUCAUUUCGGUUAUUUUCAACUCAAACUUUUCCACUAUUGCAAUCAUUUUCAAUAAGCUGUUUUAAUAAAAAAAAUUAUGUAUGUACUAGCUUGAAGAGCGAUAACCCUUAACUUUCCGAAAACCAGCCUGAAUGUUCACUUCCAUGCUUGAUCAAGAGAGAUAAAUUAUCAUCUCUGUGCUGUCCAAUCAGUCCAAACCUAAGUGUUCCAAGUAACCCAGUCUGUAUCAUUCCUUGCACACAAAUGUAAUUUCAAGGUAACAAACUUGAAUGAUUUUAGCUUCCAAGCACCAAAAUUCCUUACUUUUGACCCCUUAUAGAAAAUUAUUCUGGCUGGUCCCAAGAUAUGAAAAGCUGCCUGGAAAGCUACAGUCUCAGACAAAAUUUCUUGCAACAAGAUUGAGCCUCACAACUCCUGAAUGUCCUUGCUCCCCUCAUUCAGUGUAGCAAUAAAGCAUGACAGUAUCACAUAUAAACCACACCGAGAGACUGGAUUGUUCUGAAGGAUGAUCAUGCAAGGUGAUCAAAAUAAUUUUCAAUGAAGAAAUGUUUCACUCAUUACAUAAAAUGCCUCAAAAGGUUGUAAGAGAUGUUGGCAAAAUUAAAAAUAACAUG